GACACGCUCUCCCAUUUCAAGGGAAAGUGAUACAUAUAUCCCCACCGGGAUCGUAAAAUUUCUCCUACCCUCGCUUCUGCUACCUCAAUCCUCCAAGAAGCAAGCCUUGGGCGCAGAUAUAUAUCCAAUACUCAAUACUUUUACACUUGUCUGCAGUAAUCAACCCCCUCCCACAGCCACCGGUUCCAAGGCUGGUCACUUCUCUUCCCGAAAGGUCGAAGCCCAGCCCAAGAGGAAAGAUAAUCCACACAUUGCCAGGGUCUCAGAGCGCAAAAUUGCCGGUGAUCGAAUCGGUGAUCAAUAGAAGCAGCUGCAGGGGAUAUUGAUCCCGUCGGCUAGGCCUUGCUUUCAGGUCGAGUUAGCAUUAUAUCACCACCCUCUGACUCUCUUCCUCUCCCUCUUCCCCUCUCUCCCUCUCCAGCUCUCCCUCUCUCCACCACCACCCGGCACUACAGUCCCUGGCACGAUCAUAGCAACCAUCCCUCUAUUCGUCGCGUAAGGAACCAAACAGCCUCCAUCCUCUGGUUUAUCCCGACACCCCUGAGAAUCGAUUACCGGUAAGUCCAGGCUCUUUUAUUCAUGUUGCAUUUCCGUUCCGCUUCUUUCCUUUUGGGAUACGGGGAGAUGCCCGGGUCCAGUUCAUGUUUGCAUUACGAGGAUGAUGUGGAUGCGGGCCCGUUGCAAGGGAGGGAUGGCUCAAUUACCGCAUUGCGAUGGAGGGAUAUAAGAUUGAUCGCUGUGCUGGGUGUGGUGUUUUCCGGGUUGCGGAUAUUGCGGAUUAUGGAGGGCGGGCGCGGGGGAGGGGGGGAGGGUGGUGGUGGUAGUGGUGGUGGGCGUUAUGAAAUGUGGAUUUCCGGGAUAUGCCCCAUCGGCGUUAUCGGUAUCCCUGUCGAAAACGCGACACCCAGCACAAUGGAUCACUGAGAAUAUUCCUCCUCUCUGUUCCUAUCCUUCCUCCUCCUUUCCCUUCUUCAGCCGUAGCACAGCUCGCAAGAGCUGGGGAACAACGCUCCUUCUCCCAAUCGCAUCACCCCCUUUUUAUGCAUUUCUACCCGUACCCUUCUCCUUCUCCACGGCUAGCGGUUCCCCCUCAUCCACCCCACCCUUGCGGCUAGUCUCCAUCCAAUCAAUUGUUGCACCAAAGCACUGUACCCAUUCGUCGCAGCCAAUCAAGGAUGCCCGGAUGGUGGCAGGAGCUCACGGCCGGAUGAUGGGAACCAUGUGGCCUCUCAUGAGCCGGCGGGAGAGGAUUUAAGUCAUCUACCUGUACCCUUCCCAUGGGGUCUCCUGAAUCGUUAUUUCUGUUGACCUCUGCUCGGUUGCCUGACCUGUGUUUGUCGUUGUAUUGGGAAGAAUUCUCGGUUACUGACCAUCCUCUCACGCAGGCGCCGCCGCAAGCAACGCUUUCUUUCUAGGCACCACACCACCCCCAUCCACCAUGACUGUGGGUGCUGAGAACGCUGCGAACGACAGGAAGGUCCCUAAGAUCUCAAUGGCAAAUUAUGCUGAGCGCAAGGAUGAGAUCGCGAGAGAGAUAAUCCAUGCUGCGGAAAACAACGGAUUCUUCAUCCUGGAGAAUCAAGAGUCUCCCUCGGUUGCUGAGAUUGAGGAGAUGUUUGCUCUUUCGUGAGUCGUGCAUGCUGACCCCCCGGAACAAAGGACCCCCUUCUGAUUGCAACUGGAGUAGGGAGCGAUUUUUCCACCUCCCACAAACGACAAAAUCCAAGACACCGUUUAUCAAGGCCGAGAAUACCGGUUGGGAAACCUGUUCCCAGAUACGCCCAUCCACCGGACUGCCCGAUCAGAAGGAAUCGCUUCAGCUCCAGUAUCACCGUCGAGGCGACAGGACGUGGCCACAAGAGCCAUCAAUCCCCGAACUCGCUCAAACCGUCACCUCGUUCAUGGAGAAGACCCACUCGCUUUCCAUGAACGUCCUCAGCGUUUUUGCCCUCGCCCUGGGCUUUCCGGAAGACUUCUUCGUUAAGGCUCACGACGUCAGUCGCCCGGAUGCCCAGUCAACACUGCGUCUACUCCAUUAUCACGACAUCACCGGAACCCAAUACCCGUCGAACUACUGGCGCGCGGGGGCCCACACCGACUAUGACUGCUUAACCAUGCUAUUUCAAAAGACUGGCGAGGACGGGCUGGAGAUUUGCCCCGGGAGGGAGGCCCACACAAGCUUCGGAACGGGAGAUCACUGGACCCCAGUCAAAGCCAAGACCGGCGAGAUUGUGUGCAACAUAGGGGAUAUGUUGAUGGCCUGGAGCGACGAUAGGUUCAAGAGUUUGUAUCACAGGGUUCGGUGUCCCGGUCUGAGUGAACGGCAGACGUCGAGAUAUAGCAUUGCGUUAGUGUCCCUCUCUGUAUUCACCAGAGAAGUAAUUGACAUUGGAAUACAGUUACUUCAACCAAGCGAAUAAGAACGUGGAGAUCAAGGGUCCAUUGGGUAAAUACCCGGUCAUGACUGCGCACAAAUACAUUCUCGAUGCAAUUAAGCGCAAUUACGGCGAAUUUGAAAGGACGAACGCCCUCGCCGCAACCUAGCCUAACAUUGCCCUUAUCUUUCCCCUUUUUCUUUUCUUAAACUCAAUUUACUUUCGCUAUAGGUUACUGGGUAUUCUUAUAAUCGGUGUCGUGGACGGGUUACUUCCAUGCAUGGUCAAAGGAUCGGGGUGUUGCUCGGAUUAACAUUUUUCAUCUUUUUUCAUUUUUUUCAUCAGCGUCUGCUUUUUUUUCUUUUCUUUUUUUCCCUUGUGCGCUCGGUGCAUGGAGUGAGACUGAGGUUAUGCUUUUUUUAACGGGAAUUCCCGGAGUCUGGUGGGAGGAUGCUCAGGGGGUUCAUGCGUCGCUUAUCUUAAAUUAUCCCGACGGGAAUGAACGAUUUGUAAUUGGAUUUGUCGGAAGUAUUACGGUACUUCAAUAUGAUGGAUGGUGGGAAUAUGUUGGGGGCUACCUGCCGUGCCACAAGAUUUAGGAAAUGACGAGGGUCAUAUGUUGAUAUUUAGACACCGCUCAUUGGUAUAAGUAGAACGGUCUUGGGAGCAUGUAUCGAGCAAACAGGAAUCAUUCUCUUGACCUUUGAUCCACCCUGUUCCGCCUGUCUUCUGUCUUUAACGUCUGGCUCCUCCUGUGUGGCCCCCGACACGAAUUGACAGGAGUUUGGUGAGUGAGAAGUUGUGAUUUUUUUUGCCGGAUGGUUUUAAUCUGUUUGGUAUCCUUACAUGAUCCCAUGAGAACGAAUCGCUAAUUAUUACCUAUUGGCUAGGGAAUUCCAAUAUGCGAGGGGGGAUUGGACAUGGUCGGGCUCCGUCCUCCCUAAAAAAAAACCGGGGCUAAUGGUCGCUCGUCGAGAGCACUGCCUGGGGCGAUUACUUGUACAGGCUACCUACAACCGGCAUCUCAGCACGUGCGAGGUGCAUGCUGCGAUACAAAUAUCCCAGUGGACCAAUCCUUCCACAAGAUGUAUGAUACCUCAGAAAAAAACUCGGUCCAGAAACGGCCCAACUUUUCCAAACUUUCCGGGGAAAGUGUCAGCCACCACCGACUGAUACCUAAUAGAGAAAGAAUCAUGAUGAUAGUGGUAGUGGGGUGCUAGGAAAAGAGAAGGAAAAGAGAAGGAAAAAAGAAGAAAAAA